AUGGGUUGGUCCGAACCAGAAGUGACAUGCAAGAAGCACCCAGAUCUCAAUCAAUUACAAGGUGUCUGUGCAUCUUGUCUGAGAGAGAAACUAACUCAUCUCCAUGUCCCAUCACAGACAACUACUUCUCCUUCUUCUUCAUUGGUUGGUUCUUCGACUUCUUCAUCGGGUCCUCAUCACCACAAGCGGGUCGGGUCAGAGAUAGUGGGUUCAAUGCCAUACGAUGUUGUAAGUGUUGGUAAUGAAUUGAAGAAGAGCAAAUCCAUCACAUUUAUGCCAAGAAACUCGGUUGGUCGCGAGAGUAAGAAGAAGGGGUUCUGGUCAAAAUUGCUUCUUCAUUCAAAAGGGAACAAAGAGGAUGUUCUCAUGCAUCAUUCAAGGACUACAAGGGCAAGCUUGUGUUGA